AUGGUUAAAACGUCAAAUGCCCAGAAUCUCUUAACACGGUCAGAUAAAUCAAUAUCAUUGUCGUUCGAUUAUUUUUACCCACUCGACACAACCACACUCACAGUAUUCAAAAAAAGCAAACGACAAUCUAUUAAACUCUGUUUUAAUAUGAUAACCACGAGAUAUUUUGAAUUAGGACAAUGGAGCAAAAGACGGGUAUUUUGGAAGUUGUGGUGUAUUCACGUUGUGGAAUUAAAUACGGAAAAGCACAAGUGGCCAUUCGUACAAUCGCAGAACAACUCAAAAUAUACCGAUGCCGAUGAUAUUUUGAGUAAAAAGAAAACCAUAAAAUGGACGGACAAAUAUUUAUAUUUGGGUUCAAAAAGGGAGGCGGAAGACAACAAUCGACCUAAACCUGUCCCAGGACUCGGCCCUCCCGAGAAUAUCAAGUUAUUGUACUUGAAACAGAAAUAUUUUGGGUGCUGGGAUCAGUCGGAGCAUUGGGUGCAGUGCGACAGUAACUCUUCGUCGCAUUUACGUGAUAAGUGAUGCAUAGGAAG